AUGUUAAAUUUACGUGAACGUGUAAUAUUAAUUCAACGGCCUGUAAGUAUGGUACUUGAUGCAGAUGAAUUUCAAACGGCAUGGCAAGAUAGUGAUUUUAUAAGCGAUUGUCUAUGUUGGCAUAAUGUUUACCGACAAAGGCAUGGUGCACAACCGUUAACAAUGUCACCUGAGCUCUGUGAUUAUGCACAAACGUGGGCGAAUCAUUUAGCACACACAAAUACCUUUUAUUAUCGAAAUGAUCGUGAUGUUGGACAAAAUUUAUUUUGUCGACCAGCAAAUGCCUUACAAACUGAUGUUUCAGGUCAAGAAGUUUCAUCGUAUUGGUACAGUGCAGUUAGACAAUACGAUUAUGGUAAAGAGCCAGAUGUUUUACAUGCGAACGUUAAUGCUGGUCAUUUUACACAAUUAGUAUGGGCAAAUUCCCAAUAUUUUGGUAUUGGUAAAGCUCGAUCACGAUCUGGUAAAGUACUGGUUGUUGCAAAUUAUUCACCGCCUGGUAAUAUAUCUGGAUUAUUUGAAGAAAAUGUAUUACCACCUCAACCAGAGACAAGUAAUGUUACACUUCAAGUGCCACUUUGUUAUGAUGUUCAUCAACAUUCGCAUGGCGGAAACAAUAGUGCUUCUGGUGGUGCAUCGUGUAGUGAUACAACUGAUACAGAAUCACGUUCAAGUAAUAGUGGAACUAGUUUCGGGAUUCGAUAG